UCAGCCGCCUGACUGACUGACGCGUCUCCCAACACCACAGGGAAACGAUGCCCAACAUCAAGAUUUUCAGCGGCAGCUCCCAUCAAGAUUUGUCUCAAAAGAUCGCAGACCGGCUCGGGCUUGAGUUGGGCCGCGUUGUCACUAAGAAGUUCAGCAACCAGGAGACGUGUGUGGAAAUUGGGGAGAGCGUACGAGGUGAGGAUGUGUACAUUGUGCAGAGUGGCUGUGGGGAGAUAAAUGACAACCUGAUGGAACUUCUUAUCAUGAUAAAUGCUUGCAAGAUAGCUUCAGCCUGCCGUGUCACUGCAGUAAUACCUUGCUUUCCAUACGCACGUCAGGACAAGAAGGAUAAGUCUCGUGCUCCAAUCUCUGCUAAACUUGUUGCCAACAUGCUGUCAGUAGCUGGCGCUGAUCACAUCAUUACUAUGGAUCUCCACGCUUCCCAAAUCCAGGGCUUUUUUGACAUCCCUGUGGAUAACCUGUAUGCUGAACCUGCAGUUCUAAAGUGGAUUCGGGAGAACAUUCCAGAGUGGAAGACAUGCACAAUAGUGUCACCGGAUGCUGGUGGAGCAAAGAGGGUGACCUCCAUCGCCGACCGAUUAAAUGUUGACUUUGCUUUAAUCCACAAGGAGAGAAAAAAAGCCAAUGAAGUGGAUCGUAUGGUGCUUGUGGGAGAUGUAAAAGACAAAGUAGCUAUUCUUGUGGAUGACAUGGCAGAUACGUGUGGCACCAUCUGUCAUGCUGCAGACAAACUUCUGUCUGCUGGAGCUACCAAGGUAUAUGCUAUUCUGACACAUGGUAUAUUCUCGGGCCCUGCCAUCUCCCGGAUUAAUAAUGCUUGUUUUGAAGCAGUAGUGGUGACCAACACAAUCCCUCAGGAGGAGAAGAUCAGACAUUGCUCAAAAAUACAGGUCAUCGAUAUAUCCAUGAUCUUGGCUGAAGCAAUUCGUCGGACACACAACGGAGAGUCUGUUUCUUACCUCUUCAGCCACGUUCCACUAUAACACCACCUAAUAUAAAAGAGGACACCUCUUCUUUUGCUCCGUCUGUAUCCCUUAUAUACAUCCUAAUCCAGUAGGGAUGCUAAGGGAUCAGGGCUGGUCCCUCCAUCUUAAUCUCCCCUCUGUGUGCUGAGGGGCUCAUUUCUUGCCCCAAUCGGAAAUAUUUAUGUGCUAGUGUUUCCCUAAUCCCCGGCUAGCGGUUUCCUAGCAAGAAUGUUAACAUCCGUCCAUUUCAUUUUGUGUUCUACAUUUUUAUGAACUGAGGAAAAAAAAAAUGACUGCACUAAUGGAAAAGAGGAGUGAAAGACAAAACUGCUGUGUUUGUGUUUUUUUAAUUAUUAUUUUUAAAUAAAGCUUCAACUUGCCCCUUCUCAGUGGCAAUACAAGCCAUGGGAUUUCUUUGGCACUGUGCUAGGCAUUGUGCAUUACCAAAUUCAUUUAUUAUUGGCCCAAUUUCUAGCAUAAGGAUUCAUAUUUAAAAGCAACAUGCUUCAUAUAAAGGGACAGUAAGUGUUUUUACCUGUUAUAUAUGGCCCCCUUGGAGACUUAUGCAAUACAUCUGAUAUUUUCAUGCUUUUAAUGUUUGUGUUGUAGUGAGGUAAAAACAAGCAAACGUUGUACCAAUACCCAUGUGUAGUUGGACACUAGAGAAUAUGGACAUUUUUCCAUUUAUAUUUCCUUUAGUACACGCAAAGUUUUUUGUUUUAAUGACUCUUUACAAAGCAAAUAGGGAAUGGAAGGUCCAGCACUCCUGUGCCAAUUAGAAAGACUGAAAACAGAAUGAAAGACAUUUUUUUGCCUGUGGAAUUAUCAGAGCCUGUUGUAGGGAGGGCUUAAAGGCUACUUAAGGUAUAACAGGUGAAGGAAUGAAAACAUUGCAAAAGUACUUAAAGCAGCACGUCAGAAUAUUUGCCUUUAAUAUGCAUUUAUAGUACAGGUAUGUCACUUAAUAUCCAGAAAGCUCCAUACAGGUGACAAAACAGUACUGUUGGUUUUAGUAGCCUUAAGCCAUGGUGGUCUAUUUUAGGGCCAUGGCCCACAAAGCGUAUGCCUUCCUACCGGCGAUGCACUUUAUUGCCAGUGAAACGACAUAUUGGGGAGAUUAUAUACCCACGGCAGCAAAGAUUUAAUUGCAGCAACCAAUCUCACCGUAGGCCUUGAUUAUCUGAAACAACACAGGUCCCUAGUACUUAAAAAAAAUUAUCCCGCACCUAUAUAGCAAAGCCAGAACAUUUUUUGCCAUAGUAAUGAGCAGAGCUGCUGUACAGCUUACCUCGCCUUUAUCUUUUCAAUUCAUUAUAGAUUACAAUAGACUUUGUUUUACGGUCCCUUUUAAAGGGUGACAUUAGACAUUACAUGUAUAUGUGGUUACUUGUUGACCAAAGGCUUUUAUUUGUGUUCUGCCUUUGGGCUUUGACUCACCUUAGCACUGUAUUCAUUCAGCAACUUAAAUGUCUUUGCUACUUACAUGUACCCAGGCUUCAUCACGCUCCCAAAAGCUGUUGGCCUUGGCAUUAUUUGGUAUCCUUUGCCCUUAAUUACUCCAUUUUCUCCCCAUCCAGCAAAAGUAAGGCCAGUGACACACAAGGAGAUUAGUUGCCCCAUGAUUAAUCUGAAUGCAUUCUUACUGGCAGGAAUAUGUAUCGCUGGCAGGAAAACAUAUGUGUCACUUUGUGUUUUUUUCUUUGGAAAGCUGAAGUGACACAUAUCGUUUCCUAGCAGCAAUUUUUAUUGUCAUGUUUAUUACAUCUUCAUUUUGUCCUUCUCAACAAGACAAGGUCAAAGGAGAUCUGUUAUCAAUUCUGAUAAAAAUCUCCAGCUGGCUGUUUGGAGCCUCUCCAGACUUCAUUCAUCUAAAGCAGGCCUGCCCCCCCCCCUCCUGUAUUUAUCACUUCCAUUUAGAGGAUAGAGCCCCUUUCAAGUACAGCUACUUUUGUAACCUUUAUUUUUUUGAAUAUUAUGUUGGAGUGUUUGAAUUAUUUAUAUCAAGAGCCAUUGCAAUCUGCUGCAUAAACCAGGCAGUUGUAAUGAUUAAGCAUUGCACCAAACACAUAUCUUGUGUAUUUUUAUUUUAUUACAGACCCACUGUAUAAUAAGCCACAGUGUCUUUGUGUUUUGUGCAUGUAUUUCUGUAAGUAAAACACAUGCACCACCCCAUGCUGAAGGUUAAGAAAGCAGAAGUGCAAUACACCUGAUUAAAGAUGCAGCUUUUUUCUAGAAAAA